AUGACUGAUGAUUCACAUCAAUCGCCCACCAAAAUCCAGAAACCCCCAAAGCCUCAAUCCCAUAAAUAGCCUCCAAAAUCCAUCCUUCUCUCAAUCUCGAAUGCCUUCAUUUCUCUCCAAAUCCUUCCUCCGCUUGCCCCCCAAAUCCCUUCUUUUUCCCAUGUCCACUGUCGCAGCAGCCAAAUCCCGCCUCCGCGGCGUCGUUUUCGAUAUGGAUGGCACCCUCACCGUCCCUGUCAUCGACUUCGCCGCAAUGUACAAGGCUGUCCUCGGAGACGUCGAGUACAAGCGAAUCAAAGCUGAAAACCCCUCUGGGAUUGAUAUCUUGCACCACAUUGAGAGUUGGAGUCCCGAAAAGCAGCAAGAAGCUUACAAGAUUAUUGCUGAUUUCGAAAAACAGGGCCUUGAUCGCCUCCAAAUCAUGCCUGGUGCAGCUGAACUCUGUGGGUUUCUUGAUGCAAAGAAAAUACGAAGGGGACUAAUCACUCGCAAUGUCAAAGAUGCAGUUGAUCUGUUUCAUCAACGAUUCGGAAUGAUGUUUUCUCCGGCUCUAAGCCGAGAGUUUCGUCCUUAUAAACCGAGCCCUGCUCCUCUGCUUCAUAUAUGUUCGACUUGGGACGUUCAACCAAAUGAAGUCAUGAUGGUUGGUGAUAGUCUUAAAGAUGAUGUGGCUUGUGGGAAAAAUGCAGGAGCAUUAACAUGUUUGCUUGAUGAAAAGGGGAGAUAUGGCUCUCAAGACUUCGCCAACUUGGAUCUAACACCAGAUUUCAAAGUGUCUUCCCUGAUUGAAGUUCAUUCUCUUCUGAAAUCUAACUUUGACUUAACACCCUGAUUUCCCGGGAGCAAAAAGAGAGAUCUUUUGUAGCUGGAUAACCAAGGGGUUUUGUGUGUUGUUGAACAAGGAGCAUGCUGGUAUGUAUUUUAUUCUUGGUACCUUUGUUGUUCAUUUAGAUGUUCUACUGUAAAGAAAUAUUAGGCAGAAAGUCCCUCUUUGUUAAUCUUUUUUUCAUUGGCGAAUUCAAUUAUGUUAAAGAAGGAAUAUCUUUGUGAAAUACCCAUUACUCUCAAAUGCUGAUCCCCAACCAGAAAAUUAGGAGUGUGAAAGCUGAAUAAACCGAAUUGACUUAAUUUUAGGUAUUUAUAGUUUUAUUUUCUUUAA